GUAUCAAGUACAUUUAGUUUAGUCGGUCAUUCAGUCAUAUGUCCAUCAUUAUUUCUUUAAAAACAAAUAAAGUAAUUGUCCUAUAUAGGACUAAAAAAGAAGAGAAAUUCUCAAAUAAGACCAUGUAUGUUUUUUCCCCCAAAUAGGAUCGAUUUACUCCUAUUUUAAAACAUUCGCAUAUUUCAUUCUAUUAUUACCCUCUAUCCCUUUACGCACAUCUCCCCAACCGCUUCCCCUUCUCUCCUGCGCACAACCGCUUCCCCUUCUCUCCUGCGCACAUCCCUCUCUCUCUUUCUUGGUUCCUUGCGCAUCAUCAUCGGCUUCAUCCAAGCCAUCGUCGCCGCCUCCGUCGACUUCGCCCUGUGCACAAGAUCGACCGCUUUCCUCUCACGCCAUCGAUUUCGCCGCUGCCAUUAAGAUCUGAAACUCUUGUGUUAUGCCAUGGACGGUGUCGCCAGUGUGGGAAGCGGCGGCGAUCAGGGGGCGGCGAUGAGUGGAAAUGAUGGGCCGUCAAGGAUGCGGCAGCAGGCGGUGAGGGCGGCAACGGGCGGCACAUUCACCGGCGAGGGCGGCGACGGGCGGCACAUUCACCGGCGAGGGCGGCGACAGACGGCGUCGUCUCCGGUGAGGGCGGAGGCAGGAUCCGGCGGCGGGCGGUUUGGCUCUGGCGGUGGCAGUGUCACUGCUAGGGUUUCAAUAGUUUUUAAUUUUACAUUUUUAAAAUUUAAAAUAUUAGAAGAGGGGUAUUUUAGUCUACUACUCUGAAAAUGGUCCUAUGAAACAUAUGGUUCGUUUAUAGUCCUAAAUGGGCAAUUAACUUUGCUAUUAGUCCUAUUUGAGGCAUUAACUCAAACA